AUGUUGCGUCAAAGCAUAGCUGGCCUCGCCGCAAGGCCAGCUUCGACAAGAUGCUUAUCUUCGACGGCGCGCAGCUUGCUUGAUCCCUGCACCCGCUUCCCGAAGACGACGACAACGACGACAUCGACGAUAAAGACGAUCCGCACAUCAAGGCAAAUACACACAGGAAGCCAAUAUCAGCCUCUCCGUCCCCCGUCCCCCGCCUCUCUCGGCGCCCCGAAACGUGCGCGCACAUACCCUCGAGGCCGCAAAUGGCUGCGGCGCCUAAUCAUCCUCUCGUCCCUCAUCGGCACCGUUUACGUCUUCGACUCUCAGGUCUACGCCUCCGGACUGGGCCGCUCCCUCCGCACUUUCGGAACCGGCCUCCUUGUCGCGCUCGACUACAAACUGAACUUCCGCCCGGUGCCGUGGACCGGCGGCUCAGUGCAGGACCUGCACCACCGGAACGCUGAGCGGCUCUUCGACUUACUCCGACACAAUGGCGGUUUAUACCUGAAGAUCGGCCAGGCCAUCGCCAUGCAAAGCGCCGUGCUGCCGCCGGAGUUCCAAAAGAUGUUCUCGAGGAUGUUCGAUGACGCGCCGCAAGACGACUGGAAGGACGUCGAGGCGGUGAUCCGCGAGGACUUUGGCGGGCGGUCGGUCGAGGAGGUGUUUGGUGUCAGCUUCCGCGGGGAAGAGGGCAAGGGCAUAAUGGAGCGCCGGGCGCGUGCCAGCGCCAGCGUCGCGCAGGUGCACUGGGCGCGGCUCCCCGACGGCCGUGAAGUGGCCAUCAAGAUUCAGAAGAGGGAGAUUGCGAAGCAAAUCUCCUGGGACCUGUGGGCGUUCAAGACCGUGUCGUGGAUCUACAGCAAGUGGUUCGACCUGCCCCUGUACAGCCUCGUCCCCUUCAUCACUGAGCGGCUGGAGCUCGAGACGGAUUUCCUCAACGAGGCUAAGAACUCCGAGACCAUGCGCGGGCUGAUCGAGAGCGAGAAGGGCCUGCGGGGCCGCGUGUACGUUCCCAAGGUGUACUCGGAGCUGUCGACCAAGCGCGUCAUGACGGCGGAGUGGAUCGAGGGGAUCCGGCUCUGGGACAAGCAGGGCAUCAACGGGCGCUGGUACGGCGGCUACGGUAACGGGUCACCCGGCGUCAAGGGCGCGCAGCUGGACCCGCCUGACAUGGCCGCCGUACGGAAGGAACUGCGCGAGCGGCCGUACGCGGAGCGUCUCAAGCCUGAGCGAAGCGAGUGGAAGGGCCGCCGCGGCCGGGGCGGACUCGGACUCUCGAGCAAGGAAGUCAUGACGACCAUGGUCGACCUCUUCUCCGCGCAGAUCUUCAAGUGGGGAGUCGUGCACUGCGACCCUCACCCGGGCAACAUCUUUAUCCGGCGGCUGCCCAACGGGCGCGCGGAGCUGGUGCUGAUCGACCACGGGCUGUACGUCUACAUGUCGCCCGAGUUCCGGCACCAGUACGGGCAGUUCUGGAAGGCGCUCAUGACGUUCGACAACAAGACGAUCGAGAAGGUGACGAACCUGUGGGGCAUCAAGGCGGCGGACCUGUUCGCCAGCGCGACGCUGUUGAGGCCGUACGAGGGCGGCGACGAGCGCACGCGGAAUUCCAUCAUGAAGGAGCUCGAGGGCAAGACGCCGGCGGAGCGGCACUACGAGAUGCAGCAGCGCAUGAAGCAGGGCAUCCGCGAGGUGCUCGCGGACGAGGACAAGUGGCCCAAGGAGCUCAUCUUCAUCGGGCGCAACAUGAGGAUCGUGCAGGGCAACAACCAGUACCUCGGCAGCCCCGUCAACCGCGUCAAGAUGAUGGGGGAGUGGGCGAGCAGGAGCCUGUACGAGGACCCGAACCUGCCGUGGGCCAAGAGGGCGGGCAACGCGUGGCGGCAUCUGCUUUUCAAGGGCGUGCUGGCGCUGACGGAUGUCGCGUUUUACUUUUUCAAGAUCCGGCAGUGGUUGGGGUUCGGAGGGGGCAUGGAGGACGAGAUGGAGAAGAGGAUGAAGGACAUUGCGCAGGAUUUCGGAGUAGAGUUGCAGCAUGAGGUGUUUGAGGGCUAG